AUGUCCAUCGAGAAUGUCACCAACACGAUCCUCGACGGUGGUGAAGUUGUCGCUUAUCCACCGGAGCCGAUCUUUUCCGAUUAUUUGGAGAUGACAACACUUGUUCUGAUGUUCAUCAUUGGCGCACCACUUAAUCUAGCCGCCUACACUCAGCUGGCUGAGAGGCCGACGACGAGCAGACUGGAUUUACUGAAACGGCAUCUGAACUAUUCGGACUUGCUGGUGAUUUUCGUCUACGUGCCGUCGAGGGCGUGCUGGCUUCUCACCUACGAUUGGAGAGGAGGAGAUGUGCUGUGCCGAGUGGUGAAGAUGAUGCACACAGUGGCCUUUCAGUCUUCGUCCAACGUGAUCGUAUGUAUUGCUCUGGAUCGGUUGUUUUCCGUGUUCUCGGUGACACGACACUCCCCCGAGAAGGCAAAUCAACGGAUCCGAAUCCUACUCGCCGGAGCUUGGACAACGGCUAUUAUCAUCGCAUUGCCACAACUAAUCGUCUGGAGGAACUACGUGCCCUUCCAGCACAUCAACUGGAGUCAAUGCUUACAGAUCUGGGAAAUCACUAGGCACGAAAACCCUGUUAUGAAACACGAAGCGUUCAACGCGGAGGCAUGGUACUCGAUUGUUCAUAUUGGCCUGAUUUUCUGGAUUCCCACGAUAAUCAUUGUGGUUAGUUUUCAGUUUUCGAUCUGUCAAAGUGAAAAAAGAACUUCUAGAGAAAUGUCACAGCAUCGAAAAGGAAACCUACUGAUUCAGAUGUGUUAUGUGAUGGUGCUCUCAUGGGUGUUCAUCAACUCCAGACCUUCGAUCUCCCGAGGUGGCAACAGAACUGGAUCGCUCCAAACCGGUUGUGAGACGGUCGAUACCAUAAUUACAAGAACAUCUGCACCUCCACGUAUAGUGGUUUCGGACGAGUCAACUUUACAUCUGACAACUCGUCCAUCAAUUGUGUCCAGCGAAGGAAGUGCCAUCGUCAGGACUAGUGUGCACAAUAGCCAGUCUUACCAUGCCAGUGUAAACAGGUCGCGCGCUGUGCGGGUCUCAUUUUUGUUGGUUGCUGCAUAUAUUAUCUGCUGGCUUCCAUACAAUUUACUCAGUCUCGUACAUAUAAUUGACAAGCAGCUCUUCAAAAACAGCUUUAACAAGUUUUACUUUCUGCACGAGUUCAUGGUGUUCAACUCAGUCGUCAAUCCAUAUCUCUACGGUCUCUUCAACCACUCUGACAAGAUACGAAGAAGAGUUCACGAGUAG